AUAACCAUUCAAAUCAAACUUCAUCUGGUAUAAAGAAAAUGGAGAAAACAAUGCUGUAUUCAAUCUUCCUCGUUGCACUAUUCUCAUCAAAUUUCUUUACGGGUUCUUCUGAGCCAGUGCUCGACACUGAGGGCCAUCCGGUUCGACCAGGCGUCAAGUACUACAUACUUCCCUCCUCGCCUGGCGCCGGGGCCGGCCUCACUUUAUAUAACAACAAAGGCAAGUGUCCGCACGAAAUCGUCCAAAUUCUAAACGAGCCCAACAAUGGCCUUCCGGUUACCUUUUCCCCGGCCAAUGCACGUGACAAAACGAUCCAACUCAACACGGAUUUGAACAUAAAGUUCACAGAUAUCCAGCACACAACGCCAUGCCCGGAAUCCAAGGUUUGGAAAUUCGAUGCCAGCAAUCAGAAACAAGAUGCCUUGUUCGUGACAGUUGGCGGAGUUGAAGGGAACCCAGGACGUGAAACGUUGCCCAACUGGUUCAAGAUUCAGAAGGAACAUAAAUACUAUAAAUUACAAUAUUGUCCGACAGUGUGUAAAGAUUGCAGGGUUAUCUGCGGAGACAUUGGUCCGGUCAUCUACGAUGGAAGAAAACGUUUGGCUGUGAAUCAGUCACCGCUCAUCGUUGGCUUCAAGAAGGCAUAAAAUUUUUAUGUCUAUAGAACAUAAAAUUAUAGAUUAUUAUGUAAUAAAUAAGAUGAGUUUUUGGGUUUCAGUAUAUGCAUCAUGCAUGUAUAUGUAAUCUUUAUGGAGUAAUGGAAUAAAGGAGCUUCAGAAUUUCCCGGUUCAA